AUGUCCGGUAAGCGACAAAGACUCGCAAAGUCCCCGAAGCAAUCCCAGCUCGUUGAAGACCAAGCACCCCCAAAGCGCGACCGACGCCGCGACACCAAGCAUUCUGCAGCACCAACUAACAGCAACAUCUCAGGCGAAGCGGAACCUCGACGAUCGGUACGCGCCACUAAAGGUCAGCAUACGAAAUCAUUCGACGAACUUGAGCCUGCGACCGUGCCGAAAAAGCGACAGACUAAGAAGACCAAGAAAGCCAAGGAGCAGGAACAAGAGCUGGAACAGGAACAACAGCAAGAACAGGAGGAAGAGGAGGAAGAUGAACUGAUCCGUUGUGUAUGCGGCGCCACCGAACAAGAUGAAGAUUCAGGUGAAGCCUGGAUCGCUUGCGAAACCUGCGGCGCAUGGCAGCACAACGUCUGUGUAGGGGUAAGCUCAUUCGAUGAUGAGAUCCCUGAGCAUUACUGGUGCGAGCAAUGCCGACCGGACGAUCACAAGGAGCUCCUUGAUGGAAUAGCUAAGGGAGAGAAACCUUGGGAAGCUCGGCGCAAAGCACAUGAAGAGGAGUCCAAGAAGAAGAAGCGUGGCGGACGAAAAGGCAAAGGCAAACGUCACAGCGAAACCAAGGAGGAAGAUAAGACUAAAGCGAAGUCUUCUCCUGCGCCUGCUCCGGACACAACCAAAGAUAAGAAAGAAACAAAGACAGGGAAGCGAAAAGCCCGCGAAGAGUCUCAUGAUGCUGAUGGCAAGUCUGCCAAGGUUCGUCGCGUAUCAGAGAACGGGGCAACUCCUGUCCCUGUCUCCUAUACACCACCUGAUGACCUCGCCAAGUCGAUACCAGAUUUGCCUGGUUCUCGGACAGGCCCAGCCAAAGCACUGAGCAAGUCUAUCAGCCAUGUUUUAACAUCGAUGCAGAAGCAGGGCGAACUGGACCUUGAGGAGGGCAAUACAGUUGAGUCUAUGACUGAGACCUUCUCGCUUCAGAUCGAGCGCGCCGUUUAUGAUUCUUAUCCCGUGACUAAGGGACAAAAAGAAUACAACCAGCAAAUCAAGUCACUAAGCUUCAACCUGAAGAACAACCCGGAGUUGUGCCAUGGGCUUGUUCAUAAGACCCUGUCCCCCACAACUUUGGCUACUAUGACAUCAGAGCAGCUUGCCUCUUCGGAAAUGAAGAAGCAGACUGCCGAGAUGAAAGCCAAGGCCGAGAAACAGUCUAUCCUCUACACUUCUGAGACAGGACCUCGCGUUCGACGAACGCAUAAGGGCGAAGAGGUUGUGGACGACGAAACAUUUGUCAACGACUCUGCCGUGCCCCUCCCACCGGGACCCCCUCGUCGACCAGAGCCUCAGGCCGUUAAGAAGGAACCUACAGGAGGCGACAAGGCGGACCUGACUUCACACCCACAGCAGCAGGACGAUAAGCAGCGAUCGCCAAGUCAACCUGAUUUCGACAUCAACGAAGUCUUCUCUAGUGUCAAGUCUCCCACUACAACUCAGAAUCGGCGGCCUUCGGCUCUGGUAACUGGAGCCAAUGGCCCGGGCGUGGAUCCUGAUGUAGAUCGCAUGCUCCAAGACGAGAACGAGUCGCCCCCUUACUCGCCCACAGAGGAGACCCAGGACCCUGAUGUCAUCUGGCAGGGCUCUCUUGCUAUGAGCUCGAUUGCUGACUUCCCAGCGACAGCCAAGUACAUCGGUGGUGCCAACUUUGCUUCAGUCGGACCGUGGUCCAAGUUGAUCCCUAAGAGGAUGACGGUGGCUGGACGAAUCCCCGAACAAAGUGCUAUCGAAUACCUAUGUGGUCUUCGCUACAGUAACAGCACCGAUGUCAUUGUCGUUUCGAUUUCACCGGUAUCGCCCUUUUCCCAUGCUGAUUUUCACAACCUUCUUCACUACUUCAUCAGCAAGAAGCGGUAUGGUGUAGUUGGGGACAAGACAAUUGGUAAUGUGCGAGAUACAUAUCUGGUACCAGUUCCUGCGGGGGAAGACAACUAUCCCGAGUUUAUGCUCAACCUGGUUGAUAACAAAAUCCCCAAGGUCCGGUCGGAACCCAUGUUGUUGGCAGUCUUUGUUUAUCAUAACGAGCCUGACCAGCUCAAACAACUGAAGGAUGGGGCUGCAAAUCAACAAGAUGCCAAAGCCCUGGGAUCACCAGCGCCUGCAGCACAUGCUCAGAGAAGCAAUUCGACAACGUCCGCCGGCCCGGCAUUCUCUCCGGCGACCCCACAGGCCCCCCAGGGAGGAUUUCAAGGAGGUUUCCCUCAGCAAUCAUCUCCAGGCCAAUGGCAGUCUACAACUCCUGUGCCAAUUCCUCAGCCACCGUACACUCGGCCACCGGUGCCACUACAAGCUCCAACACCGACACCUGCACCUGCGCCAGCACAGAUGUCAGAAGCACAAAGGCACCAGGCUCAGCAGGCAGGCGUAGCCAUGGCACAGGAGCUCCUGGGACCCUGGAUAACAUCCCCGACCGUGCAGUUCAUCUUGCCUCAAGCGUUCCAGAUGGCCCGCAAGGAGUGGGAAGUCGUAAGAAGGGUUCUGGAACGUGACCCUAAAGCUCGAGAUGACCUGCAGCAUCUUGGUAAUCUUCUAGAGAAGGAGACUACUGCAGACAAGAUAGGGGGAGCUGCUGCAUAA